AUGAAUCAAAAAUUGACUGAUGAGAGAGAGAGAAUCAUCAAAGUAUUGAACGAACACUUGUAUCAGACAAAGCUUUUGCAAUUUUUACCGCUAUAUUCUCCGCAUCUCACGGAUGAAACCAAACAACUACUUCCCGAAACGUCGCAUAGGUUAUUACAGGAUUUGUUCGAGCAGGAAGGUGUCUUGGAGAGUAAAAUUAAGGAAUACUUGCAUACCGAUAUUCCGGAAUGGUCGACCAAGAUCAAAAAAACCUUCAUGCAACUAUGUAAAGUUUUGAGCCAGAACCAUUUUUCUGUGGAUCAAGCAAAUCCAACAAAACAGGAUGAAGGUUUAGAGCGUUUUGUAUAUAUCAUGAAAGAAAUGGUCAAUAUUUACUCUGACAAGCUUCAUACGACCAAGGAAGAGGAGCAAGUAAUGAAUGAUCAAAAGAAUGAGAAGGCAGCAAGGGAGAAAAAAUCCAACGCUGACCUCAAAGCAUUGCAGAGAGAAUUGGCUGGGGUGCGAAGCUCAAGAGAAAAAGAGGUGUCAGCGAGAGAGGAGACUCUGAAAAAACUUGAGGAGGAGCUUGUCGCCUUGAAAAUGUCGACCAACUCGCAACGAGAGGAGUUUGAGUCUGUUUUGAAAAAUAGGGAAGACCUUGCAGAGAGUAAAUUUAAAAAGUUUGAAGAAAUGCUGAAAGAUCAAAUCAAACAAUGUGAAAUACUGCUGUCAGAAUUGAAAUUGGAUCACCACAAGGAAGAAAAUGACAUGAAACUCGAUCGAUUGACCUCAGAACAACAGGUCUAUGACUUUGUGACCAAAUAUGACAAUUUUAUGAGUGAGCAUACUGUCAAGUACAACACUUUGGUUCAAGAUUACAAUAGAGACCAGAAACGAGUUGUAUUCUUGGAAAAUGCUAUUGCUGUCAUGGAAGAGGAGAAGAGAAACGUAAUGAAGAGCGAGAAAGAAAGAGAAAAGAAAAAGAAAGAGUGGAACGAUUCAAAGUGCACACUCGAUACCAACGUCUUUGGCGAAGAGCUUAUCGUUUGGUCUUUUUAA